ACAGUUUGUUGACUGUGCUAUGUGUCACGGGGUUGUGAUGUGAGACUUUUGGACGGCUUCCAGUUCUCCGUUGACAAAGUAAACAUUUGAAGGGUAUAAGCAACGUAACCGUUAAUGGAGACAAUCCACCACUUGGACGUCUGACAGACGGACUGAACUGUAAGGGAGCCAUCAACAGAUCAAAAUCAGUAAAUAAUGGCAGUCACCAAGGAUGCCAACGAGAGCACCCCUCUUUUGGACUCAGGUUCUGGAAAUGUGAGAGCGUCACCCCCAUCUGUUUUCCAGGGUAGAAGACUAGCAUGUGCUGCUGUUUUGCUGGCAGAAUCAUUGGAAAGGAUUGCAUUCUAUGGCAUCACAUCCAACCUUGUUCUCUUUUUAAAUAGCAGCCCCUUUUUUUGGGAGGGCACACAAGCCAGCCAGGCUCCUCUGAUGUUUAUGGGGGUGACUUACCUGAUAUCUCCAUUUGGAGGCUGGUUGGCAGAUGCAUACCUUGGAAAGUUUUGGACUAUUGCCUCAAGUUUGAUUUUAUACUUUAUUGGUAUUCUAUUUUUCCCAUUAAUUUCACAUGACAACACAAGGGUAAAUCUAUGUGGAGAAGAGGCAGCAUUUCCUGUACAGCCUGCUGAGUGUCUGAGUACCAACAGUACCCCUCCAAGCAACAUCACUUGUCCCAUUCGUGCACCGUAUUGUGGCCCUGUAGUCUACAGUGGACUUUUUUUAAUUGCAUUGGGUGUGGGGACUGUCAAGUCAAACAUCACUCCAUUUGGUGCAGACCAGGUCAAAGACAGAGGACCAGAGGCCACGCGCAGAUUCUUCAACUGGUUCUACUGGUGCAUCAAUUUGGGAGCCAUCCUGUCACUGGGGGGUGUGGCCUACAUCCAGCAGAAUAUCAGCUUUGAGCUUGGCUACAUCAUUCCGACUGCGUGCCUUGGGAUUUCCUUCCUUGUGUUUCUCCUGGGCCGCACAGUCUUCAUCACCAAGCCUGCUGAUGGCAGUGCUUUCACAGAUAUGUUCAAGAUACUGAGCUUCGCUUGUUGUUCCUCAAAACCCAAGGAGCCUAACUCGCUUCGAAGCAGUAAACCAGCACUAUUGGAUGGUGCCAAAGUGACCUAUGGAGGAAAAUUUGCAGAAGAAAAAGUGGAGGAAGUGAAAUCCCUGGUGAAAAUCCUGCCUGUUUUCUUAGCCCUUAUUCCAUACUGGACGGUGUAUUUUCAGAUGCAGACAACAUAUGUUCUACAAGGGCUCCAUCUGAAAAUUCCUGAUGCUGCUGCAAAUAGCACUAUUGACACCCACAAGAUGACGUUCCACUUCCCUGCAGCAUGGCUCACCAUGUUUGAUGCGGUGCUCAUCCUCAUGCUGAUUCCUCUUAAGGACAAAGUGGUGGACCCUAUUCUGAAACGUCGUGGCCUGCUGCCCUCUUCUCUGAAGAGGAUUGCAGUGGGGAUGUUCUUUGUCAUGUGGUCGGCUGUGGCAGCGGGUAUUUUGGAAACCAAACGCUUGGAGAUUGUCAGAACAAAUGGUCCCAUUAACCAGGUGCUUGGCAACGUUAUCUACUAUGCAGCAGAUUUACCCAUUUGGUGGCAAGUGCCUCAGUACGUGCUGAUAGGAAUCAGCGAAAUAUUUGCCAGCAUUGCAGGACUGGAGUUUGCCUACUCGGCUGCCCCCAAGUCGAUGCAGAGUGCUAUCAUGGGGCUCUUCUUCUUUUUCUCUGGGAUUGGCUCCUUUGUUGGUUCUGGUUUGUUGGCUAUCGUGUCACUUAAGGAGAUUGGUUGGAUGUCAUCUCACAAAGAUUUUGGAAACAUCAACGACUGCUCGCUCCACUACUACUUCUUUCUCCUAGCGGGGAUUCAGGGCGUCACCCUCCUGAUCUUCCUUAUCGUCUCUGUCAAGUAUGACAAGCAGAGAGGCAGAGCAGGAAGCCAAAGGCAAAGACACAUCUCAUCCUGACCCUGACAUGACCUGUAUUGCUCACAUCUUAACCUGUCUGUUUCCUGUGGAGCCACUCCAAAGAGUGUCAUAAAUAGGUACUUAUUCAUCCGCUCACUCAAAUGAAUGAGGGUUCUACUAGAAUUUCAACAGGGGUUCCGUUUUUCUGUGUGAAUGGCUUUAUAAAACUGUGUGGCUGGAAAGGCACCACUGAAAGAUGGACCUAAUGCAGGAGCCUCCUUCAUGUCUACCGGUACUAGUACUCCUUUCUGUUUACGCUGUUGCCUUCAAUGGUGCCAGAAGAUUAUAUCUAUGUGUUUUUACUGUUGAUAAGCAGUUUUUGACAUUUACUCUGUUUUUCUAACCACUUUUAUUGCCAACCAUGAAACAGCAGUAUUUAGCCACAUUUGAAUGAUUUCUAAACAUAAAUUCACAGGGUGAAAUUGGGUGUUUAUGUGUUAAAUAUACUUUCAUUCAUUUUCUAUGCCGCUUAAUCCUCAUUAGGGUCGUGGGUUAAAUAUACUUGACUGUAUUAUUUCUUUGCUACAGCUACAGUUGAAGGGCUCUUUGCCUUAAGUUGUGUUUAUUUUUCCAUAUUCUUUGCGCUGUGCUAUACCGCAGGGUACGGUGGUGGAUUUUAAUUGCAAUAAGGACAAACAGAGCAGCAAGCUCCACUCCAAUGAAGCCUUAAUGUAUUUUGUGUUUUUGGAAGAGUUAUGAACAAAUGCUUCAACUAACUGGAAUCUCUUUUAAAUUAUAUGUGGUGGUGAAGUGCAAUCAUAUAUAGUAAUAUAUACAGGUGCCUCUCAAUGAAUUAGAAGGUGGUGUAAGGAUUAUUUGAUUUCAGGAGUUCAGUUCAGCCUAAGAGACCAUUUAAAGGCUCAGGAAGUUUUUGCAGUUUAAUUGGCUGAUCAGAGCACGAACCAGUAGUUUAUAUUAGUAUUAGGACUGUCAAAUGAUUAAAAAUGUUAAUUAAUCACAGUUUUCAAAUUAAUCAUGAUUAAUCACCAUUUGCCAUUACGUGUGAAAUAUGCAUUAUUGCUGUAUUUUAUGAACAGAAAGAUAAACGUAUUUGUAUGUAUUAACAGCUCCAAAUGAACUGAACAUUUAAAUCAAGUUAAAAGAUACCACGCAUGACUGAAAAUGUAAAUUCGCCCAACACUAGUCUCUUUAAGAGCAGAACAUUUGAAUCACACUUGAACCGCUAUUAUGAGCCAUGAAGGGCUGCGUUCAAAGACACCACGUAACUUAAGUUGAAUUCAGAUGUUUUGAGUGUAGAUGUGUUUUCUGGGACUUCCGAGCACACUUAAAUGCAGCAAAUUGUUACAAUAUUGAGAGAUAAGAAUAUCCACUUACUGUGUUUCUUUGUCUUUCUGUUUAUUUAGACCACACAUACACGCCUAAUAAAGACAUGAUUUUCAGAGUGUCAGUGAAUGCAUCUCCCUGUCGUGUAGUGACAAUGAGGAAGUGUCGUUCCCAGGACGAGCUGACUAGAGACAUGUUUGUGAGUUGGAGAUGCAUAUAUGGUGUUGGAAUUGCACUGCUGUUGUGUUCAGGUCAGAAUAAAGUUGCUAAAGAGCAGCAGACACUGUGUGACUCUGUGGGGAGGCUAUUGUGGCUCUGUCUGUCGUCAUACCGGAGAUGUGCCUUGACAUGAUGCGCAUGCAUUAAUGACGCUAAAAAUGGAAGCCUGAUUAUUGAAAUAAAUCAGUUACCACCGUUAACGUGUUAUUUUUGACAGUCCUAAUUAAUAUAUGUGUAUAAUAUUGAACUUUUGAACCAUUUUUUUCAAAUUUUAUGAACUACUGAAGUAAGUAAUCAUCACCAGAAUUAUUAAUGCAUUCGUUAACUGUUUGUGUCGUGAAUCUGUUUGUGUCGUAUUGGAGCAGCAAGGUCAGUUUCUUUAUUUUUGCUGUUUGACGUCAAAAGAUGAAUUAUGAGACCCAAGAGCACCAUUUCAGCUUUUAUUUCCAGGUAUUUACAUCUGGAUCCAAUGCACGGGUUAGAAGUUUGAACCCAGACAUUUUUUAUGUACGCAAAAGUAAUACAACAUUUGAUUGUCAGUUUUGUUGCCCAGGUGUGGCCUUUUAUUUUUCAGAUUUAGUCAACAAAUAGCAACAAAUAGUGCCUUCUCUGAGUUUCAGAUUGGGUAGGGUAGGUUUUGCCUUUAUAGACUGCAUUUAGAGGUGAAAACAGCAUGAAAACCAGAGACAGACAGACAGACAUCAAACAGACAUUGGACAGCUACCUGUUCAACGUGAUGACAGAAACAUUGUUGAGAGUUGCAAAAAAAGACCCUAAAGCAAAUCAAUAACAAAACAAACUCCAGAGGGCUGGAGUGAAGGUUUUACUUUCUACUGCUUGUAGAAGACUUCAUGAACAAAAGUACAACAGCUACACCAGAAGAUGCAAACCACUCAUUAACCAGAAGAAUAGGAAGGCCAGAGUGGAAUUUGCCAAGAAGUACAGAGAUCAGUGUUAAAAAUUCAUCUCCGAAACAAUGUUUCUGUCAUCACCUGCUGAUGUUUUCUUUGGACUACCUGUUUGAAAUCUGUUUACAUAGUACACCAGUGGUGUCUUUCUUCUUCAGGACAUUCCAAAUGGUUGUACUUGCUAUGACCAAUGUUUGUGAAAUGGUUCUGAUUGGUUUUCUAUUGUUUUUUAUGUUAUGUUCAUCUCUAAAUGGAGUCUACACAGGCAAAACACAUCCUACCCAAUCUGAUAUCACUCGUAUUCAUCUUCUGAUGUCAAACCCAAAUGUUUGCAGUCAACAGCAAAAAUGAAGGAAUUUACCUGACUGUACUAAUGGACUAAUACUUCUGGAGGGCACUUUAAUUUUGAAUUGAAUUUUAAAAAUACAUUGUAAAUAGUCUUCCAAACUCUACCACAAAUCCAAAACAGAAUCUAUAUUUUGAAGUUUUAAUGAUUAGACUCCUCUGCGCUGUUUUAGUGUUGGAUUUUGAAGAAAACUCUCAACUCCAAGUUCCAACUCUCAAAUAAAAAUAGUUACAUAGAACCUCUCAGUUGUUUAUAGGAAAGCGUUAAAGGACUGCAUGCAUGUAAAACUCUUUGAGAGCUCACGUCAGUGUUUACAAGGUGGCACAAAUGAGUAAUUCAACAAAUGUAUCUUGUUUCAUUGCAUUUAGAAUUUUCUUAGAAAGUUUUGUCAAGUUUAUUUGGGAAAUCUUUUUUACAACUAGUUUGUGGACAUUAAAAUAUUUUAAAUUUGAAGUCAAUUGUGCUUUUGGUCUUUUCCAAAUAUGAGACAUGACUUACAGUUAAUACCGGACAAACAUUUUACUCUGGCAAAACAUGUUAACGUAAAUGUAACCGUGUGCUUGUAAUGAUGCUUCCAUGAUAGAGGUUGGGGUUAAUUGGCCUUUGGGGGAACUUUAAGUGAAAUGGCUAAAUUAUUUCUAUAACAAAAAACGUCCCCUUAGGCAGACUUCGGCAAGGAAAAGUGGUAUUUAUUCCGCCUCAUCUUGUGCAUGACUUAUGAAUGUAGACUAUUUCUUCUGAGUGUCAUCAGAUAGAAACGGAAAUAAACACGUCAUCUCAAAUCGUUCUUCAACAUUCGGGCCUCUCAGUCACGAGGCUGAUUCCUGUUUAAUGUGACCAGAGAGCCCACGUUGCCUCGUCUGCACAGACAGCAAACUCAUGUUUGCAUGUAAUGGUAACGCCUCAGGCUCAGCACUCACGUGUGAUUGUUUCUCAUGUCGAAAGGUAUGUCGGACAAAUAGUCAUAGUGGCCGAAAAUCACUGUCUUAUUGACUUACUGAACAUCUUUUGACCACAUGUAUACUGUAGUACUUGUAUACGUACACCACACAAAAGUCUAUGUGCUGUAAUCUAUUCUUAUUAAUACAGUUAUGCAGAUUUCACAGCUCUGUCUUUAACUAAACUAUUGUAUUCCAAAUGACAUUUCAGGGCAGGGGCGUAGCACCACAUUCUGGGUCCCAUACAUAAGCCUCCUGAAGGACCCCAAGCCCCCAGUCCACCCCACCUCUGCCGCUCCUAACACACACGCUGUACGCUGUCCUUAUGUUGUAAUCAGCAUAUUGGCUGCCUACUUAUAGCAUUCUUUCCCUCUUCUGUCUCUCCUUUCUCUUCUGGCGGCCUGAUUAGUUUUUUCUUUGCAGGAGACAUAAUGCUGCAUCACUCAGAGCACUGUGAACAAAUGAGUCGCUGAGCAAUAGGGGCGUCCGAAGUGCGGCCUUGGGGCCAUUGUAAAAGUACAAUUACAACAGGACCAUUUAAACAACAGCAACAAUUGAAAAAAAGACCAGUCAUUUCACAUGAAUAAAGACGAAAUAUUAAGAGUAAAGUCACAGGAGAAAAAGUAGCAUAAAGUUAAAAUAUUAAAGGAGAAAAAUUCAAAUAAGAGUCAAAAUAUUAUGACAAAGUCAGAAUAUUAUGAGAAAGAAUGUGCUGCAUGGUGGCAAGUUAUGACCUGAGGCUGUUUUUUUUUUUAUUGGCUCUCGGCACGUUCUAAAAAUACAAAAAAAUUACAAAAACAACAGUAAAAUUUUUAAAGAGCUGUUAUUUUAAAGAAUACCGCUAUAUCGCGGUUCGAAUAUGGCCCCCCACUAUAUCUCGGUUUUACAAAAAAUAAUACAGUAAAUGACCGCUGUUUCGUGGUUGACUGUGCCCUAUUAUUAGUCAGAAAAUAUUGAAAGACAAGUUAUUGUGGUCACCAGGCGUCAGUGAUGUUAUGAGACAUUUGAUUACAUUGCCUUUCACACUGCAUGGAGACUGGGCCACAUGCCAUGGCUGAGACGGACACGCCAUGGCUGAGAUCGAGUGAAAAAUAAUUCCGUGUGAAGUGGUAUGGAUGGGUGCAUUCGGGAGCUGGCGGGGGGGAUGUCCCCACCUUUUUGUGAUUUGUAUGAAUGGACAGAGAAUUAGUUUGACUAAUUCUUUGACUGAAUUAGUAACUGCUGUGAUAUGGAGAGGGGGUAGGAUUUAAUAAGCUCUGCUUCUUCCUGCUCCGUUUUCGACAUGUUGAGCAGUGAAUUGUGUAUAUGUGAUGUAAUUCAAUGUAAUUGAAUGCGUGUUUGAAUGCAAAUAAAUCAAACUAAA